UGAGUGAGAAGCUUCAAGCUCACCCGAGCUUCCCACCUCACACCCUCACAUCAUCAUCGGCUCCCUCUCCUCUCCAUUCUCUUCUCAGUUGUCUCACCAACUCCCCCCAAUCCCACCCCAAAGAUCCAGUUUCGAUCCACGAACCCCCCUCCCAAUCCUCCAAAGAUCACCGCUUUCAGGUACCCCCCGCAAUGGCUGCCGGCGGCCUCGCGCUGCUGCCCGCCCUCCUCGUCGCGGCUCUCUGCGCCGCCUCGUGGCGCGCCGAGGCGGCGAUCGGGGUGAACUGGGGCACCGUGUCCGACCACCGCGCCCCGCCCGGCGUGGUGGUGGACUUGAUGCGCGCGAAUCGGAUCAGCAAGGUGAAGCUUUUCGACGCCGACCCGGGAGUCCUGCGCGCGCUCGCCGGCAGCGGCAUCCAGGUCAUGGUCGGCGUUACCAACGGCGAGCUCGCAAGCAUCGCGGGGUCGCAGGCGGCUGCAGAUGACUGGGUCGCGCAGAACGUGUCCCGAUACGUCGGCCGCGGCGGCGUCGACAUCCGAUACAUUGCUGUAGGCAAUGAGCCUUUCCUAACAAGCUACCAAGGUCAAUUCCAAUCAUAUAUCAUUCCAGCAAUGACAAAUAUUCAGCAAUCGCUGGUGAAAGCUAAUCUUGCUAGCUACAUAAAGCUAGUAGUUCCCUGCAAUGCAGAUGCAUAUCAGAGUGCUUCUGUUCCAUCUCAAGGAGUAUUCAGGACUGAAUUGACUCAGAUAAUGACCCAGCUGGCUGCUUUUCUGAGCUCUAGUGGGGCACCAUUCGUCGUCAAUAUCUACCCAUUCCUCAGUCUUUACCAAAGUUCAGAUUUCCCACAAGACUAUGCCUUCUUCGAGGGAUCUACUCACCCUGUAGUAGAUGGUCCGAAUGUGUACUACAAUGCAUUUGAUGGGAACUUUGACACACUAGUUUCUGCUCUCAGUAAAAUUGGCUACGGGAACCUACCUAUUGCAAUUGGUGAGAUAGGUUGGCCAACUGAGGGAGCACCAAGUGCAAACUUAACUGCAGCAAGGGCAUUCAAUCAAGGGCUUAUCAAUCGUGUUACAAGCAACAAGGGAACUCCACUCCGACCUGGUGUGCCUCCAGCUGAUGUAUAUCUUUUCAGCCUUCUCGAUGAAGAGGGGAAGAGCAUACUACCAGGAAACUUCGAGCGGCACUGGGGGAUCUUCUCCUUCGAUGGGCAAGCCAAAUACCCCCUGAAUCUUGGUCUGGGAAAUUCAGUACUGAAGAAUGCGAAAGAGGUUCCUUACCUUCCAUCACGUUGGUGUGUCGCAAACCCUGCUCGGAAUCUCGACGGUGUUUCAGAUCACAUGAAGCUUGCUUGCAGCAUGGCUGAUUGUACGACUCUGUACUACGGAGGUUCAUGCUAUGGUAUCGGGGAGAAGGGCAAUGUUUCAUAUGCUUUCAACAGCUACUAUCAGCAGCAGAAGCAGGACCCAAAGAGUUGCGAUUUUGGUGGGCUUGGGAUGAUAACUUACCUUGAUCCAUCUAUGGGCGAGUGCCGCUUUCUUGUUGGUGUUGAUGAUAGCAAGAGCUCUGCAGUCGCCUCUUGUGGCGGUGGAUGCUGCGGGGUCUGCUGUGGAAUGUGGGUUUUAGCUUUCUGGGUGUUCAUGUACCUUAGAAUGAUGGGUUCUGCUUGAUUCUAAAAUUGAUGUGCUGGGGCAUGAUGUUUGUGCCCAUGUUAGAUAGACUGUACUCUUGACUUCUAUGUCUAGGAAAGGACUGCACUGCCGCCAUUUGAGAUUAGAAAAUUAUGCUUGAUAUAUAUAAAAUAUUAAUUUAAUUUAUUAUUGAAAUGCCCCUUUGCAAUUAUUCUCAUUUCUGAAUGUCUGUUUACCAUCAAUUAGUUCCCGGGCAUAUAUUAAAUAUGUUGUGAAUAAUCCUUUUGUUGUAGCACCUGAUGGAACCAAAAAGAUGUUUUAUUACCAUGCAUGCUGCAGCAUGUAUAUUAUGGUCACACAAAAGUAGCGGGAUACUACAAUGACAUUCCAGCUGAGUUUAUUCUGUAUCAUCAUAAUGUUCAUGAUCUAUGAACAGGCACAGGCCUGAGGAUCUUCCUCGAAUUCAGCGGGCUGACGGUGGUGGGGUGGGCGGGCAACAGUUAUCGCCGCAGCAGGCGUGGCCACAGGUCACCUUCGGAUGCUGCACCAGCCAGCAGCAUUGGCAUGCUGAAAUGAAAUGAAAUGCAUCCAUGAUCAGGAUCAGGAAAAAGCUGUGAGGUGAUGCCAACAUGCUAACAGCAGAUGAGCAUGACUGAUGGCCUAACUGCCUGCAAGGCCGUCGGGACUUACAGAGUGAGGCUGUCGCCAUUGUGAUGAAGAGUGCAAGAAGCAUGAGCCAUGCGACAAGGGCGAGGGCAGUGUUCUUCAUGCGGCUCAUGCCUCCCUUUGUGUUGAAUCUUCAGAUGUCUUCUUGUGAGCAGCUGAGAUGGUAAUGUUGCUAUGUGCUGUGUGUGUGUGUGUGUGUCUAUAUAUAGAGGUGACCGCCUAUUCAAAUUGUGAUAAGAUGCAGCCGUUUUGCUGGACUACUGUAGUUAUUGGACUGUUGACGCCAUCUAGAUCUCUCUGUGUUGACUCUUGAGAUGGUGGUUUUGAUAAUUUGUUUCCUAGCUGACGUUUCUUCGAAUACAACUUCCAUUGUGA